UGCAGGCAGAAGUGUGGAAGAUGUUGUAGAGGACAACCCUGUGACAAGAUAUCUGGAAUAUGUCACUCAGGAUGUCAGCCAGGAUUCACGGGACCGGACUGUAAAAUGGGGUGUGCGAACGGAACAUUCGGCAAAAACUGCUCGUCUGUGUGCGGUCACUGUAAACAAGGAGUUUCCUGUGAUGUGGUCAGCGGGGCGUGUCCUGGAAGCUGUCAGGCUGGUUGGGUUGGGCAAAACUGUGAUCGAGCUUGUGUGGGCGGCUGGUUCGGUGAGAACUGUAGACAGACUUGUGGAAGAUGUGACAGAGGACAACCCUGUGACAAGAUAUCUGGAAUAUGUCACUCAGGAUGUCAGCCAGGAUUCACGGGACCGGACUGUAAAAUGGAAUGCAGGGGCGGAACAUACGGACGAAACUGCUCAUCUAAAUGCGGUCGUUGCAGUGAAGACGUACCAUGUGAUCACGUGACAGGAUCAUGUCCAGGGACUUGCGCAUUGGAGAGUUAUGGCAGCCGUUGUGAUGUCGAUGCCAAGGUUUUGCCUGAAAAGGCGAACUGCGUGAUAAACUGUGGUUCAGACGAAACAAAAGCCGGGAAGAAUUACGGACUGGGCAAUAACAAAGCUGAUGGAUUCAAGAAGACGUUCGCCGAAAUAUGUGUACUCUUUGUUAUCACCUCCCUCGUACUAUUUCUGUGACACGGCCUGGACUUUCAUUGUGGAGGGUAACAGGUGGUUCUGCAUGCUACAAAGAAGGAAACACUUUUCGUUUUCUCAUAAUAUGUUACCGUAUGAAACAAAGUAGAUUUUUUUCCAUAUUUCGGGCACCACCUGACAUGCCGGGUGCCUCAUUUAUUUCCAGUUUGCCUACCUAUAUACAAUGAAACAAAGUAAUAAAUUGCUAAUCAAAAGUAUAUUCAGCCAUUUUUUGAAAUUAUUAUUACAUUAGAUUCAUGAAACCUUUUGGAAUGAAACCGUGAACACUGAAUUAGCAUUAUUACAACGUAUUACUGCAUACCGAAAAACCCCACCAACAGACAUAAUGAUAAUAAACGUUAAAAGGUUGCCUCUUAAGAAGAAAUAGUUUGGUUUUUCGAUGAAACUACCAAGCAAACACAAAAAAUUUGAAAGAGACUACAACAAGAAUGUAAUUAGUAUAUACACUUGACUAUUGUUAUUACAUCCAUCCAGGUAUAAUGAUAAGGGUUACAGUAUGUUUCAAAGUUUUUGUGUUUGUAAGUUAAUAUUUUUAUAGAUAUAAUUUGUUUCAUCUAUAAAAAGGAACUUCUUAUUGUUUAUUAUAUAUGUUGUUUAUAUAGUAAUCGGUCAUAAUAAUACAAAAUCAGUUUUUAAGUUUUCAUUCCAGCGAUUUUCCUCAAAAGUGUAAUGGUUAAAACAAAAAAGGUUGAGAAUAAUUUUGAUUAAGAAUUUAAUAAUACUUACUCUUUUUGCAUUCUAGACACUAACAUGUUGACAUAUUUAAUCAAACAUUUCUAUAAUGGCCAUUCUGCAAAGAAGCAAAAUCAAACUUUUAGGUAAUUAAUAUGUAGAAAAAACAAAAAAAUGUAGAAGAAUGAGGCUUUUUUAAAAUAUUGUUUCUUCUGUGAAUUCAUAAAAAUCUCCUCUGCUGCUCACUUAUUUUCUUCUUCAGCUCUAGUUUGUUUUUUGUGAGGUUUUUUGUUUUGUUUGUACGAAACAAUUAUUUCCAAAUACAUAAAAUAAAACACCAUACUACCAACCUUUUUAUAUAUGUGAAUUGAGUUAAAACAAUGUGAACAUGCGAACAUUUAAAAACGCAGCCUUAUGAACUAUUAUCUUCUAAUACAUGAUAUGGUAGUUAUAUUAUUAUUUUGCGUUAUUGCUCGUCACCUAACAUUUAAGAAUGGUGGUCAUUAUUUAGUAUUGUUUUGAGUAUAUAAUGGUCUUGCAAUUGAUACUGUUCAUUAAACGACACAGCUGUCUAACAUCUGGUCAUAUUAAAUAAUUUUAACUUU